UUACCUGGACCUGGAGAGGGCGAGGGAGGUCUGAGCGGCCCGAGGUGGAUCCCGGAGAGCAGAGCCCGCGACCACCCCCUGGGCCCGAUCGGUGGCGAUCUUAGAAACUAGAAUGAAUCGAAGCAUUCCCGUGGAGGUUGACGAAUCAGAGCCCUUCCCGAGUCAGUUGCUGAAUCCGAUCCCAGAAUCUUCUCCAGAAGAGGAAUUGGAACCACCUGCCCCAAAUACAAGGAACACGGCACCCAGCAGCUUGUCUGUACUCCAACGCUCUCCCCUGAAACUCGCGAAUCACCAGCCUGUGUCGCAACACGUCACCUGCUUGCGAGCUAAAGUCCUGGAGGAGAGUGAAGCCAGUUUCCUUAGAAGGCACCCUGAUCUCGGCAAAGAUGUUUCCUCCUGCUCCUCUGUCAGUGAGCCUGGGUCUGAGCUUGGAGCCCUCUCUCCAGAGCAUCGGUUUACACAUAUGGAAAAACGCGAUAGAUGGCUGGGAUCUCAGCUUUCAGCAGCUUCUCCUGACACUGGCCAUGACUCAGACAAAUCAGACCCAAGUUUGCCUAUGGCUUUGGCAGACUCCUCCAGUAGUGGCCAAGAGAUAAGGCCCCGGCCCGGGUCCCGGCCCCGGCCCUGGCCCCGGCACCACAGGAACAGGGCAGCCCCAGAUGUGCCCACGAUAGACACUGGGUAUGAUUCCCAGCCCCAAGAUGUCCUGGGCAUCAGGCAGCUGGAAAAGCCCUUGCCCCUCACCUCCUCAUGUUACCUGCAGGACCUCCCUGGGCCUCUCAGGUCCAAGGAAUUUCCCCAGUUUGAACUCCAGAGGUAUCCGGCGAAUGCGCCGAUGCUGCCUCUCGAUCCUUCCCCACAGGUUCCAUGGAGUUAUCAGUACUGUCGUCCCGGAGGGCCCUAUCACCACCAGGCGCCAUAUGGUCAUGGCUACCCUCCAGCAGCAGCCUACCAGCAAGUCAUCCAGCCUGCUCUGCCUGAGCAGGCCCUUCUCGGGGCAAGGGUGAGAGGCCUGCACCCUAUGCAGAAGGUCAUCCUGAAUGACUCCAGCCCCCAGGACCAAGAAGAGCGGCCUGCACAGAGGGACUUCUCUUUCCCAAGGCUCCCAAGGGACCAGCUCUACCGCCCAUCAUCUAAUGGAGCUGGAGCUCCCGAGGAGUCCUUGGACCGUCCUGCAGAGCUGAGACCACAUGGCCCCCAGGCUCUGUCCCCAGCUGCCGUGCCUAGACCCCCUAGCAACCCCUUAGCCCGAGGAACUCUGAAAACCAGCAAUUUGCCAGAGGAAUUACGGAAGGUCUUUAUCACUUAUUCUAUGGACACAGCCAUGGAGGUGGUGAAGUGUGUGAACUUCCUGCUGGUGAAUGGCUUCCAAACCGCUAUUGACAUAUUUGAGGACAGAAUCCGGGGUAUUGAUAUCAUUAAAUGGAUGGAGCGCUACCUUCGAGAUAAGACAGUGAUGAUAAUCGUAGCAAUCAGCCCCAAAUACAAACAGGAUGUGGAAGGCGCUGGGUCGCAGCUGGACGAGGAUGAGCAUGGCUUACAUACUAAGUACAUCCAUCGGAUGAUGCAGAUCGAGUUUAUAAAUCAGGGAAGCAUGAAUUUCAGGUUCAUCCCUGUGCUCUUCCCAAAUGCCAAGAAGGAGCACGUGCCGACCUGGCUGCAGAACACUCAUGUGUACAGCUGGCCCAAGAAUAAGAAAAACAUCCUUCUGCGGCUGCUCCGAGAGGAGGAGUACGUGGCUCCUCCCCGAGGCCCUCUGCCCACCCUUCAGGUGGUACCCUUGUGAUGCCAGCCUGUUCUCACAGCAUUCGUCCAGCCGAGCUGGUUGGUGGCACUCAGGCCUGGAACACCUCUUCUACAGAGUUCCCGGCCUCCUGAGUCUGAGGUGUCCUCGCCCGGCCUCCAGUGCUUCUGGGAGUGGAUGCUGCAGGUGAUGACUGCCCGGGCCUAUGGCCACAAAAACUCUCAUCACUUCAGCUACUCUUAUGAGUUGGCCAGAUGCUCUGUGUCCUUAGACCAGUCUGAAUCGUGCUCAAUUAAUAAAGUGAUUAUUCUUUGUAA